AUGAUAAAGGAUCUUACCAACUUUAAAAAGGCUCCAAAAGAGCGUAGGGUGAAAUCUUAUGCCACAGGACGUCUCAGUAAAUUGGAAGACGAUUUGUCCACGUCAAAAUCCUACCACGAAGCCAUCAUUGGGGCAGGUAUGCUGGAAGAGAAUUUAAAAACAGAAGAGUUAGAGGUGGUAUAUGAACAAAUAAAUGAUAUAUACCUUGAAUAUCGUGCAGAGUUAGUAGAGGCAAUCGAGAAAUCUUCGCCAAUGAUUGCGGCUUUGUCAGAUACGGGUGCUCCGCCCCUUUCUACAGCUGCAUCAUCAUCGCAUACGGGGAUUCGACUACCUCGAAUCGAUCUGCCAAAAUUCGACGGUUCAUAUACCACCUGGCGUGCUUUUCAAGAUAGGUUCCAGGCUCUCGUCCACAAUAAUAAGAGCAUAGACGACAUUGACAAACUGCACUUUUUACAAUCAUGUCUAAUUGGUGACGCAAAUCGAUUUUUGCAAAAUUUGUCAGUGGAGGCAGCGAAUUAUGAUAAGGCUUGGGAGCUUUUGAAGGAAAGGUAUGACCAUAAGCGCAUUCUGGUCCACAUCCAAAUGCAGAAGCUUUUUGGCCAACCUUCCGUACCGUGUGAAACUGCUGCUGGUCUUCGGGAUCUUCUCUACACAACAAGAGAAUGUUGUCUGGCGUUAGAAAACAUGGACGUUCCGGUAUCUAAGUGGGAUACGGUUCUCAUUUGGUUCCUUAACCAAAAACUUCCUGGUACGAGCCAAAAACUAUGGGAAGAGAGGUUAGGAAAUAGAAAGGACUUACCAAAUUUCAAAGAAUUUACCGAUUUUUUGGAAACUCGUUUCCGGACUUUGGAAGUUGUUGGCCAGCAGGAAACUAGAGCGGCAGGCAGAAACAAAGAUGAGCCACUCGUCAAUCCAAGGCCUCGUUUCCAGCCAGCCAAAGCAAAGGUGUUGCAUGCUAAACAGGUCGUUAAGCAGCCGGUCAAACCAAUUGCGAAGACAGUUCCUGUUGAGCAGUUGUUAUGUAAAUUGUGCAACCAAACCAAGCACACGCUGAGAAGAUGUCAACAAUUCCUCAACAUGGACAUCAUGGGGCGAAAGGAGACAGUACGCAGACUAAAACAACAACAGCAACCAACAACGUCGAAUACAUCUGCUCAGGCGAGGAAUAACCGUACAAAUACUCUUCAGGCGUCUGUGAACCCUCACGCGCCUGAAUUCCAGCCGAUGACGGGACAACAACUCCAAUCAAACGGAUACACUUUAAAUUACCACACGUCGCAUGGUGAUCGUCGACAAACACACCAGGUGCUUCUAGCGACAGCAGUUGUGAAGGCGCGAGCAGCAGAUGGGAAGCUACGCCUUCUACGUGCUCUGAUCGACACAGGCUCAGAAACGUCCUUCAUCACAGAAGCUGCCGCACAACUGCUGAAGUUAGAAAAGCGACGUACCAUUGCCGAGGUGUCUGGGUUAGGGUUGGUCAGCAGCGGCAUAACGCAACACUCCGUCGAAGUACGUUUUGCGUCCCGACACUCGACGUUUGAGACAGCUGUACAAGCUUUGGUAUUCAAGUCGCUGACUGGGCAUCUCCCGACCCAACGAGUGACACCCGGCAAUUGGGACCACCUCAAAGGUCUUUCCUUGGCAGACCCCCAUCUCUGUGAGCCUGCACCAAUCGAUCUUUUACUCGGAAGUGACGUUUGCGCUCAGAUUCUCCUUCCUGAGAUAAGGCGUCCAGAGGAUGGCAUCGGUCCGGUCGCACAAAAAACCGAAUUGGGAUGGAUUGUUUUUGGACAAGUCUCACCAGAUUCUCCUCGGCAAGUUCGCAGUUUUGCCCAAAUUGCUGACUUGAGCUCACAACUUGAGAAAUUUUGGGAUAUUGAAGAAACGCCGUUCCAGCCACAUCAGACUGAAGAUGACAUUGCAUGUGACAAACACUUUUCGAUGCACACAAAGCGCCUACCUGACGGACGUUAUGAGGUUAAGCUGCCCUUCAAAGGUGAAGGCUGUCCAGCGAUGGGGUCCAGUCGACAAAGCGCUUAUAGACGAUUUCUGCAUUUAGAAAAGAAGCUUGAGAGCAAUUCGAAGUUUCGUGCAGACUAUAACAAAUGUUUAAAAGAGUAUGAAGAACUCCAUCACAUGGAGGAAAUUGAUGUAAAUGAUGCGGUUUUACAAACCCCAUUUCACUACUUUUUGCCCCAUCAUGCGGUUUUUAAAGAAGCUAGCUCCACUACGAAGCUGAGAGUAGUAUUUGAUGCAGCAGCGAAAGCUUCGGACGGGAAAUCCCUCAACGACCGGCUACUUGUGGGUCCAAAAUUGCAGUCGAGCAUCAUAGAUCUCGUUCUAAAAUGGCGGACUCACCGAGUCACAUUUACGGCCGACAUCGAAAAAAUGUACAGACAAAUUUUGGUUAGUUUCCCAGACCGAUACUAUCAGCUGAUCAUGUGGAGAGAGCAAAAGACGUCACCUGUAAGAAUUUACAAAAUGAAUACAGUUACUUUUGGCACAGCAAGUGCGCCGUAUCUUGCCAUCAAGAUAUUGAAAAGAGUAGCGGAUGAUGAAGAAGCCAAUUUUCCGGAAGGGGCGAAGGUUGUCCGUGAGGACAUGUAUGUCGACGACCUUAUAAGUGGAGCAGAUUCAAUCAUAGAAGCACGGACGAAACGUGACGAAGCAAGGAAACUAUUGGCAUCUGCGGGGCUUAAUUUGAGAAAAUGGACGAGUAACACAAAAGAACUCAUCGAAGACAUACCAGUUCAAGAUCGAGAGCUCGACUUUGAACUUCCGUUCAAUUUGUCGAACCAUGUUAAGACUCUCGGCAUCAAAUGGUUUCCUGUCGACGACUACUUUUCGUACCAAAAUCUUCAACCUACAACUGAUGCUACCACCAAAAGAUCCAUGCUGUCGACUAUAGCCAAACUGUUUGAUCCUCUUGGUUGGAUCUCGCCGUGCAUCAUAACCGCAAAAAUCAUGAUGCAGCGAUUGUGGGAGCUCGGUUGUGACUGGGACGAACCGAUUCCACCAGCCUUGGAAAAAGAUUGGAAUGCUUUUCUACGAGAACUUCCAAUCAUCGAACGACUUCGCAUCCCGCGGUGGACCCACAUGAGCAAGACCAACAAGGCCAUCGAACUGCACGGGUUUUGCGACGCAUCGAUGAAAGCUUAUGGUGCAGCAGUCUACAUCCGUGUUCUGGACAGCGAUGACAACAUCCAUGUACAUUUGCUUUUGUCAAAGACGAAAGUAGCACCAAGUCAACGAACUAUCACUCUUCCACGCCUUGAACUGUGUGGUACUGUUGUCUUAGCCCAGUUGAUGCAAUACACAAAGGACGUUUUGGCCAUUCCCGAUGUAAAAAUGUAUGCUUGGACGGACUCUACAAUUGCACUUGCCUGGAUACGCGCCACUCCCGCAAAAUGGACCACAUUUGUUUCCAACCGUGUGUCGGAAAUCCAGCGAUUAGUGGGGAUCGAUUGCUGGGGACAUGUCGCAACGCUUCAUAACCCAGCCGAUCUGGCGUCCAGGGGUGUGUUUCCAUCUGAAUUGGAGUCAUUAGAAGUUUGGUGGACCGGUCCGGAAUACUUACGGCUACAUUGGGAUUUCGAGGUCCCGCAUCAACCCAUUGAAAUCGACACCGAAGAAGAGAAGCGCACUGUAAACGUACUUACCAUACAGGUAGACCACAACGACUGUUUCUUGCAAGCGAUUUACAACUGUUCGAGUCUACUCAAAGUUGUACGAGUCAUCGCUUACUGUUAUCGCUUUACCAUCAACUGUCAACCGAAGUUGGGGCUUAUUAAAGGUCCACUAAGUCCCAGAGAAUUAGAAGCAGCGCUACUGAUCGUCGUCAAAACAGCACAAAAGGAUAUGUUCAAGAACGAGAUUCAACAAGUUUUAGAAAACAAGAUUCCCAAAACCUUACGAUCGUUAAACGCAUUCAUCGAUGUUAAUGGGAUCUUACGUGUAGGGGGACGUUUGGAGAACUCCCUCCUUUCUUAUGAUGCUCAACAUCCGAUUUUGUUGCAAAAUAACCAUCAUUUUACAACCUUAGUUGUCAGAGAUGCCCACAAGAACACUCUUCAUGGGGGCAUCCAACAAAUGAUAAUGUACAUUCGUCAAAAAUACUGGAUUGGACAAAUAAGAAGAAGUGUCAAGUAUCAGCUGCAUAGAUGUUCUUCUUGCUUCCGGCAAAAGGCAUCCGAAAUGCAGCAGCUAAUGGCAAAUUUACCCGCUCCUAGAGUUAGGAUGUCUCGACCAUUCAGCCAUACAGGUGUCGACUACGCCGGACCAAUCGAGAUAAAAUCCUGGAAAGCACGCGGAGCAAAAAUCCUAAAAGGGUACUUUGCAGUAUUUAUCUGUUUAGCCACGAAGGCAAUUCAUCUGGAAGUGGUAUCAGAUCUGACAACAUCAGCUUUUUUAGCAGCAUUCAAACGCUUUACUGCAAGAAGAGGAAGCUGCAAGAAAAUAUACAGCGAUUGCGGAACUAAUUUCGUUGGCGCGAAUAACGAACUAACCAAGAUGUUAAAAGAGGCAAGCCAUGACUGGAAGGAAAUCGCAAAAACCUUAGCAAAUCACGGUACCGAUUGGCACUUUAUUCCUCCUGCUUCUCCACACUUUGGUGGAUUAUGGGAAGCAGGUGUGAAAUCAGUCAAGUACCAUCUUAAAAGAGUAGUCGGAACUGAAAGGUUAACUUUUGAGGAGCUCGCGACGCUUCUAACACAAAUAGAAGCGUGUCUGAAUUCGAGGCCCCUAUGCCCUCUCUCCGACAGUCUUGACGAUUUAAACGCGCUCACUCCUGCGCACUUCUUAGUCGGCGAAUCAUUAUAUGCAGUACCUCAAGGCGAAACUAACGAAAACGUAACACACAUCGACCGGUGGAAACGUGUCCAAGCGCUGGCGGAAGGAUUUUGGCGAAAAUGGAACUCCGAAUACCUGGCAAGGCUUCAACAGCGCCCAAAAUGGAUGAAAAUCCAAGCAAUGCCGAAAAUCGGAGAUUUAGUUCUGUUAAAAGACGAACGACUUCCACCGACCUACUGGAAUCUCGCGAGAAUUGAAGGUACCCAUGCAGGAUCGGACGGACUAGUACGUGUAGUUACCGUCAAGACACAAACUGGACACAUUAAACGACCGAUCGCGAAAAUUUGUCUAUUACCGUCAAACGAAUCACCAGAACAAACAGCAAUCGUUUAA